AUGUCCGUUCCUACUGAUGAUAUUAAGGUGGCAAUGCCCUCUGAAACUCUUUGGAAGAAAUAUUUUGAAGUGGGGAAUGAACAGACGUAUACUGCCAUAGGACGCAAAAUUUUCCCACGUUUGGAGUAUUCCAUCACAGGCCUGGAGCCAACAAAAUUGUAUUCGAUGUCUCUUCACUUUGAAAGAGCUGACAACAUGGAAGUGCGAAGACAGAAUGAGGGACAUUACGAAAUUCUGUCAAAUAAAAAAAUGGAAGAUUCAAGAAAAAUCAAACAUUUUUUUGGAGAGCAAGAUGGAAGUAUCUGGAUGAAGCAAAACAUCAGAUUCAAUCAUGUCAAAAUCAGGUCAAAGAAGUCAAAAGAGACCGAAGAUUCUGAUUGUGUUUUCCUUCACCUCAAUCAUCGUUAUAUUCCUGUCCUGACAGUUUACGAAGGAGUGAACCCCAUCCAUGUAGCCAAGCCAGAGUAUACAAAGUUUCUUUUGGUUGCGAUUUAUUAUAACAAGGCAGUUCGAGAUCUCAAUCGUGAAUACAGAUGUAACAAAAUCCCUUCUUCCCGUUCAAAUAGACAGCAGCCACAAUCUGUCAUGCCGUCUUCAAUGGCUGGAUCUCAAGGUUCUACAUCCAGUCAGGUUUCCAAUAGUAAUCCGUUCCCGGAUCCUUCAAUAUAUGGUCUUUUCUCCCCACUUUCUUCUCAAACAACUCGUCAAAAGACUCCAGUUUUACCAAUUCUUCCUACGCUCUCAAAUUUGUUCCCAUUCCCAAAUGUGUUCCCUUCGAACCAAAUUCUUUUUAAUCCGAUAUUGUCAACCUUUCCUGCUUCGGACAUUUACUCUCAAAAUCCAUCACUAAUCAACUUAUUGCCCCCGAUUUACCUUCUCCCGAAUCAACUGCUUCCGAAUGUAGUUCAAGUUCCAACGAAAACAGCGAAUACUAUUUUCCCUACUCCUUCUCCGUAUUAUACUUCACCAAACAUGUAUUAUCUUUGA